CACUAUCCCCUUCUUUCUUCAUCAUAUGCAUCAUCCCACGAUAUCGCGCUACUGCUUCGGAGUGGCCUUUUGUUUCGCGUGCUCCGCCGCGGCUGGGCCCAGUCCUGCAAUCGCCUCGAUUAUUUAGGCAUCGUGGUCCUCGUCUGGAGUGCUAAUGCACCCGUGGUUCAUUACGGACUGUCCGGCCUCCCGGACCUGCAAAGAUUCUACAGCUCCAUUAAUAUCAUCACGGCUGUCAUGAGUGUGGGGUUCAUCUUUGGCCAUGACUUUGGCUUUUCUGCCUUUAGAAAGUGGCGUGUACUUGUCUACAGCACAUCUGGCUUGGGUUCACUCGCAUCACUGUUACAUGGCCUUCAAAUCAAAGGCUGGGCCGUUCUGGGAAAUCAUCUGUCCCUUCGGUGGCUGGCUUGUACGAUGUCGCUUAAUCUCAUCGCCGCAGCUGUCUAUGCCUUAAGGAUCCCCGAGAGAUGGUUUCCAUAUAGGUUCGACCUUGUGGGAGCUAGCCAUCAGAUUUUCCACGUCUUAGUUCUGAUAGCCACGUUCACACGCCUGGCAGGCCUUCUUGCAGCAUCUCAAUAUCCCGACAUGUGAUCGCCCUUUGGCCAAGUACAACGUGGCGGCUUUUUCAAGUGCUAUAGCUUGGUGUCAAGGUUGUACUCCAUGCGUUUAUCCGGUGCAGCAGCCUGCCAAAGUGCUCACAGAUUGGGAAUCGUGGAGGUGUGAGUGGGCUCGACUGAGAAGGAAUUGUGCAGAGGCGCUUAUAAUUUGGCGCUUACGUCAUUUUAAGCCACCCAAAUUAUCAUUGCAUCAACGUCUCUUAGUGAUCGUUUCUGGGUCUCGUUGGCACGGUCUCUGGUACACAUCAUCUGUCGAUCAUGCCUAAGUAGUUGUGGAAGCCCCAUCCUAUAUCAACCCGGUUCGAGGAGAACCCACAACACAUAGUCUCGACAGGCACGCAUAUGAUGAUUUAUGCAAACCUGCACAGCUUCAAAAAUAAAGUUCCUCCACUCAUUCGCCCUCAUAGCCUCCCUUUCACGUGUAGAAGGGGAAAUUGCCUCGGCUAUCUGUCUUAGGCAAGGCCACCCAGGAG